ACGCCGUGUAAACACUUCAGUCCCGUUCGUCUGUGAGAAUCGCACUUCAAAUUUAAACAUUUAGCGCGUUUCUGUUAACCGGGAACGGGCAUGCGCAGUGACAGCGGCAGGCAGACGCGGAUAUAAGGAUUGGCGCCGGCGCCACAGCUGAUGCAUUCAUUCAUUCUUCGUUGAGAAGCGGAGCCAUAAAUACAGUUGACACCAUGUCCAGACGCAGUUGUCGUAUCACACUUCAAGCCAGAGAUUCAAACACACCUGAGCCGACUGUCAGAGCCCCACUGAAAAAGAGAAAAUCAGAGCCCUCCAAGAAGAAACUACAACCUGCUGCCAAGAAACAAAGCUAUGAAAUACAGAAGUGUUGGUCAGAGGACGGAGCAAGUCCAUGCGUCCUCAUCGAAACUCCUCACAAAGAGCUGGAGCCUGCAGACCCAUCCACCUUCAGGCAGUACAGAUUCAAAAACCUCUUCAUCAAGGCCUCCCCCAUUCCCCGCCUCAGCUGGGCCAGUUCAGAUGACGUGUGGAUCAAAAUGCUCAACAAGGAGCUGAAGUACGUUCAUGACAAGAGCUACUUGCAGCGGCAUCCUAAACUGCAGCCAAAGAUGAGGGCGAUUCUGCUGGACUGGCUGCUCGAGGUGAGUGAGGUGUACAGCCUCCACCGGCAGACGGCCUACCUCGCUCAGGACUACUUCGACCGCUUCAUGCUGACUCAGCAGAACGUCAACAAAGACUACCUGCAGCUCAUCGGCAUCACGGCGCUCUUCAUCGCCUCCAAGAUCGAGGAAAUCUACCCUCCUAAAAUUUAUGAGUUCGCCUACGUCACAGACGGAGCCUGCGACAUGUGGGACAUCCAGCGCACAGAGCUUCACAUACUGAAGGCGCUGGACUGGAAUCUCUGUCCCGAGACGCCCAUCUCAUGGUUGAAGCUGUACGCUCAGGUUGAAGCCCAGAAAGACGACGAGAACUUCCUGGUGCCGCAGUUCUCACAGGAGACGUACAUCCAGAUCACACAGCUGUUAGAUCUGUGUAUGAUGGACAUCAACUCGCUGGACUACAGCUACAGUGUUCUCGCUGCAGCCGCCUUCUGCCACUUCUUUACCUUCGACGUCGUUCAUAAAGUCUCAGGUCUGACGUGGGAAAGCGUGGCCCCCUGUGUUCGGUGGAUGGAUCCCUUCGUGGACACGCUGCGAUCCGAAGCCACACCUCAGCUCAAGAACUUCCCCAAAGUCAAAGCGGACGACAGGCACAACAUCCAGACACACGUGACCUACCUGGACCUGCUGAGAAAAGCUCAGGAGCGUCAGAUCGACAACCCCGACUGUCAGAUGUCGCCCGUCGCCGUGGGAGCGAUCCUGACUCCACCCAGCAGCACAGAGAAGCCAGCCAAUCCCUGAGCGGGACACGACGUGACCAGCGAUCGACGCUACCUCUCCGCAGUUUGACCCGAAGUGACGGCCCACCUCUCAGACCACGUCAGCUCCUCAAAGACCGGGACGCGAUUUUUAAGCGGAAAGACGAUUUUCUUGUAGGAUGCUCUGGAUGUUGUUUUUUUUUUCUUUUUUUUAAACACUAAGUUCAGACUUAUGGUCCCUGACUGUUUUUGGGUUUUGUUUUUUGUUUUUUAAAUUAAACUGCAACGAUGGAGAUUGUCAGGAUUUGAAGUUCUUAGGCAGGUAUCUUUUUUUUAUUUUAUUUUUUUAUUCUUUUUAAACCAUUUACAGCUAAAGUAGUAUGAAUUGUGGUCUGAGCCUGAAACAGAAGCAGAGUCCACUGACGUACAAGUGGAAAUGUUUUUUAUUUUUCUGGUGGAUAAAUGAGAGGAAACAGCAUUUCCUAGCCAUCAGCGCUUUAUUUUUUUCGGGAGUUCUACUGGUGCUAUUGUUUGAAUUUUAAAAGCUUUCAGAUGGUGCUUCAGUCAGAUUCUCAGGAUAUGAGGAAUAUCUCGGUUUUCUACAUUAAAUAUUGCAUUCCACUCUGAACUGGGGAAACUAAAGUUUUGUUAUUCUUGCCUAAAUUCCCAUUAAAAUUGUGUGAACGAACAACA